AUGGCCAAUACUGCUCUCGACAGUGAAAAUAAAGUGCCGCUGCUGCUGCUCAAGACCAAAUCCGCACCAACCGACGCAUAUGAGGAAUAUUUCACCUCUCUGGACGACGGGAAAUACGAGCCCGUAUUCGUACCCGUACUCGAGCACAGAUUCAAGCAAGAGACGGUCAGCCAAGUUCGGCAGCACAUCGAAAAUGGCGACUUUGCUAGCACCCACCCUGGCAGCCGGCCCAAGUUUGGCGCCAUGGUCUUCACUUCUCAGCGCGCCGUGGAGGCUUUCGCACGAAUAGUGGAGGACAUGAAAAAGAGCAAGGAAAGCCACAAUGUUGAGUACUGGCUUCCCAGCCACAUGCCUCUAUACGUUGUAGGCCCGGCCACGGCACGAGGCCUGAAUUCGGUGGACCUGCACUGCCCUGUGGUAGGUGAAGGGACGGGAAAUGGCCAGGCCCUUGCAGAAUUCAUUAUAGAUCAUUACAACAAACUAUACAAGGGCAAUGAUAAACCUCACAUCUUGUUUCUUGUGGGUGAAAAGAGAAGGGAUGUCAUACCGAAAACACUGCAAUCUCCAAUCCUUCCUCCCGACCAGAGGAUCGUGGUACAGGAACUCGAGAUCUACGAAACCGCUGAAAUGCAGUCCUUCAAGUCGAACUUCACUUCGAUUUGGCAAGGACAUGCGGGCAGUGGCAAGACCCUGCAGUGGGUAGUAGUCUUUUCUCCUACGGGGUGUCAAGCUAUGUUAGAGAGUCUGGGACUCUUAGACUCUGAGACGGGCAGAGCUUCAACAUCUAGUGCCAGCCGAAGAGACAUCUUGAUUGUCACGAUUGGGCCGACCACCCGUGAUUACCUGAUAGAAGAGUUUGGGUUUAUUCCAGAGGUUUGUGCACCGAAGCCAAGUGCAGAAGGGAUUGCCGAGGGCAUUGAAAGCUUCCUAUCGCCACGUAAUGACUCCAGCCCGAGGAAACAAGACCCAGUAGCUGGUUCCAAGAGGAAGGCCGAUAGCAACUCGCCCAAGGGCAGCCGUAAAGCUGCGAAGCAGACCACCAUUGAAGAGUCUCUAGCAGGCGCAAACACUGAGGAUCCGCCCAAGAACCCGAACGAGGAUGCCGAGAUGAAGGACGGACCGGCUACGGAUGACUACAAGAACAAGGAUGAAGAGCAAGCAAAGACAGAACUUAAGACUAUAAAAGAAGAUGCAAAGAUGGAGGAAACCCGGGCCGUAGAUGAUGAUAAGAGCAAAGGUGAUAAGCAAGUGGAGACUGAAGCUGUGACCAAGGAAGUAGAUACGAAAACUGAGGACACCAAUGUGAAGAAUGGUGGCGGCGACGUUGAAAGCACAGAGAUCAAGAAUGAAGGCCCAGUUCAGGAAUCUUCCCAGCGCGAGAAGAACAUUGCGUCCAACAUACUCGAGAAGGGGAUUGUGUACUUCUUCACUCGCAAUCGUGUCGGCAUCGAAGACUCCGAGAGUAUCGGCGACUUGGCCCGCACCUAUUUUGUGCUCCGUCCCUUGCCUAUCGGGACAAAGUUAGGUGAGGGGGCGCUUCCCGACCUCGAAAACAAUCGUCUGCUGGCACUGCCGAAGAAGGUGUUCCCCAAGAGCCACAGCGACCGCUUCAUGGCAUUCGUCGAGAAGGCCAAUACGACCAUACAAGAUCUCAAAGACAGCUUCUUCAAGGGCGAUGAGUACGAGACGCGAACUCAGGGCACACGUCGGGUCGAACCAGUCGCCACGGUCGCGGAAGGCGUAUAUUUCAUUACCCGUACGGAAGAUCGCUCAACACAUCUUGUCUACGCCAUCACAAUCCCAUCAAAACUGGGGGAGGUGCAGGAGGAUCUGGGACUGCGGGAGCAAGGUUCUUUCGUCAUCUCCGUCAAGAAUCCCCAACGUCCAGGUCCUGCCAACUCAAACCUGCCCCAAGGCCCUGACUUCCCAAAGGAGUUCUUCGAGGAAUUCCGCGGCCUCGCGUGGUCUGAGGUGAAGCCGAAAUAUCUUGAUUACCCCAAUACACAGAUCCUACUCAUCGGUGAGCACACUGACAAUGCUGUCCAAGCUACCACAAAGGAUCAGAAGCAUGACAAGGAUACCCCCAAGGAAGAACUCGAAAAAUUGGAGCACGAGGAUGAACUGCGCGUCGAGCAUCUUCACGGAGACGACUCCAUCUUCGAUGAUCUCAAUAUCAGCCGCAAGGAAUAUUCUCAGGUUGCUACUACAUGGUAG